AUGGAGUGUCUGCGGAGCCUGCCGCGGCUCCUGCCGCGCGCGCUGGGGCUGCCCCGGCGCGGCCCGUGUGCUCUGGCCUGGGGCUCGACCCCCGGGUGCGCCGCCGGACUGCUCGGAGGGAGCCGGGCCGCGCCGCCCUGCGGACCCCGCGGGCCCCGCCUGGCAGGUGAAAUGCACCGGCUGAGAACUGAUGUCAGUCAGGCCACUUUAGCCAGUGUGGCCCCUGUGUUUACUGUGACAAAAUUUGACAAAGGAGGAAAUGUUACUUCUUUUGAAAGGAAGAAAACUGACUUAUAUCAAGAGCUAGGUCUUCAAGCCAGAGAUUUACGGUUUCAGCAUUUAAUGAGCAUCACCACCAGGAACAACAGGAUCAUCCUGAGGAUGGAGUAUUUGAAAGCUGUGAUAACUCCAGAGUGUCUGCUGAUACUAGAUUAUCGUAAUUUAAACCUGGAGCGGUGGCUAUUCCGGGAACUCCCUUCACAGCUGGCCGGAGAGGGUCAGCUUGUCACGUACCCGCUACCCUUUGAGUUUAGAGCGAUAGAGGCGCUCCUGCAGUACAGGAUCAGCAUCCUUCAGGGCAAACUGAACAUGUUGGAGCCCCGGAUCCUCGACACGCUGGAAGCAUUGGUGGAUCCCAAACACUCCUCUGUGGACAGAAGCAAACUGCACAUCUUACUGCAAAAUGGCAGAAGUCUGUCCGAGUUAGAAACAGACAUCAAAAUGUUCAGAGAGUCGAUUCUGGAGAUCCUGGACGAGGAGGAGCUGCUGGAGGAGCUCUGUCUCAGCAAGUGGAGCGACCCCGAGGUCUUUGAGCAGAGCAGCGCGGGCAUUGACCACGCGGAAGAGAUGGAGCUGCUGCUGGAGAACUACCACCGGCUGGCGGAGGAUCUGUCCCACGCAGCCCGGGAGCUGCGGGCACUGAUCGACGACUCCCAGAGCAUCAUCUUCAUCAACUUGGACAGCCACCGCAACGUCAUGAUGAGGCUGAGCCUGCAGCUGACCAUGGGCACCUUCUCUCUCUCGCUCUUUGGACUCAUCGGAGUUGCUUUUGGGAUGAAUUUGGAGUCUUCCCUUGAAGAGGACCACAGGGUGUUCUGGCUGGUCACGGGCAUCAUGUUCCUGGGCAGCGGCCUGAUCUGGAGGCGGCUGCUGUCGUUCCUUGGGCGGCACCUGGAGGCCCCUCUGCCUCCCGUGAUGGCCUCUUUACCUAGAAAGACCCUUCACGCAGACAGACGGCUGGACGUGAAGCAGAGCUUCCGGACGGAUGGGCUGGGGCCCAGCAGGAGCGUCCUCACCCCGCGGUGAGAUGUAGCCUGCUGGUCGGCACAGGCAGCGCUGGUGCUCGACGGACCUGCGGCUGAAGCGCUCGCCAGCAGUCCGGUACGGCGUCUGAUGGACGCGCUGCGGCGUCACAGCUCAGAACCUCAGCACAUCGCAGAAUUCCAAGGACACCACAGUGCUUGCUGUGUCAAAGGCCGAAGUUCUGUUCUCUGCAACUCUUAUAGACGUGAGACAUGGAGGGAUUAAUUUAACAAUAGAUAAUUGAAUGUAUUUUAUGUUAUACAUAUUGAGAAGGGUACAGUGUCGGGCCCAGUACAGCCAGGAAGCAGGACAGACCCUGUCACGAGCUCAGGCAGCCGAAGAUCUCAGACAGGGACUCUGGUCCUCGUGACUGUUCUCACUCAGUGAGUGAGAAGCCAGCAAAACACACAUUAGCCUUAAAAUCCGGAAGCGUGGGCUUUGACCCCGUCUCCAACAGAGUCUUAUUUUCUUACAUCCAUCUCUGUGCAGGUGAGUAAAAAGGCCAUGGUCAUUUAAUAUCAGCUUUAUGUGGGUUCCAGUUAAUCGAGAUGUCACUUUUUUGAUCCUUGAAACUAGCUUUCUUUGCUUGUUAUAAUUAAGGCCCUUGAAGGAACGAGUGUCAUCUGUUACAGGUUAUAGCUGCACUGGUUGUGCCCUAGUCUUUGUUGGAGGUGUCCCCUCUCCCCUGCCCCCUUCCCGGCAGGAGGGUAAGAACAUGGUUCCAAGAUCCCUUGUUUCCACACCAAAGUUCUGCGGUCAGAACAGUGAGUCUCAAGGCUGCUGUCCUCGACACCAGAACUUCUUCAUGGUUCUGGAGGCUAAUGGCAGUUGUCCUUGCCCCCAAGAUGGGUGGGGAGGCCUGGAGCAGCCUGUGGCCAUGGUGGACAGUCGUCACAGAGGCACACGCACACCCCUGUGCCAUGGGCAUCCGACCCCAGAAGACGGAGUCAGAGGAGACUCGGCCUGUUGAGUGGUCUGGUGAUAGGAAUGAAAAUGCUGUUUCCUGCACUCGCUGGGCUGGGGCCCAGGGCAGCUCCUGGGGGCAGGAGCUCGCUCUGUGCUGUGCUGAGAGCACUGUCCGGCCUCGCAAUCUGGUGGACAGACUUCAAUCUCACAGGGCUCUCAGCUGCUAGUCUUGGUCUUAUUAUUGUAAAACAAGUAAUACUACUUAGCUGUGACAAAGAAUUGGUUGCCCAGAGAGCAGAAUUUGGUUUGACUGUGAUCAUAGAAUGGAUUUGGUCUUUUCUUCUUCUGGUGUCAGCUUGUUUUUGGAUCAUUGUUUUCAUGAGUCACGUCUUGUCGAUAAGGGGAAUAAUGUACCUGCCUCACAAGGCUGGUGAGGGCUGGGAUGUGCAGGGGCGAGCGGGUCUCACACGUCGGCGAGCCCGACUUGGUGGAGUGAGGUGCUCCUUACAUGGAGGUUCUCUUAAACCCUUACAGAGCCUGUGCCAGAAAUAGACCGAGUUCGGAGGUUUUAAAUUUUGAAUUAAAAUAGACUGAGCACAGGGAAGG